AUGCUUUGUGACAUGUAUUGCAGUGAGCCUGGUUUUUGCCGAGGUUGUUGCUGUAUACUUUGCUUCAAAACAAUCAGUUCGGACUAUGAUGGGUACAAUUAUAUUCAAUGUGAAGCAAUAGUAGAUGGAUAUAUAUGUGGACAUGUUUCCCAUCUAGACUGUGCUCUACGAUCUUACAUGGCUGGGAAAGUUGGAGGAAGCAUCAAUUUGGAUGCACAGUAUUUAUGUCGAUACUGUGAUUCAAGGAUGGAUUUGGUUCCACAUGCUCUGAAACUUAUAAAGACCUGCACAUCUGUUGCUUCUCGAGCUGCCAUUGAAAUUUUUUUGAAUGUUGGCAUUUGUAUUUUGCGUGGCUCACAAAAAAGAAAUGGAAAAGAGUUGUUGCAUCAUAUUAAAUCAAUCAAGUCAAAGCUUAUGAAAGGAGUCUGCAUUCAAGACGCAUUCAAAAAGGAAGGUUUUUUGGAUAGCAUAGGGGAAUGCAAGGAACUUGGUCCUCACUAUCGUUUCAGCAAGAACACUUUGUCCUCUUUCACAAUAAGGUUUCUUUUUAAGCCUUUUGAUAGUUACUGGGAAUUCCGUUUGAAGUGGGUUCCUAGGACUAAUAAGUAA